GGACCGGUAAGUUUAUCAUACUAAUAACAGAUCUAAGAUUAUCCUUAAAAUUCGAAGCCAAAGGCAAACACGCGUGUACUAAAAUGAUACAGACUAGAAGCCAACUGAAAUGUGCAACAAAUGCAGUGGACUAAGUUUUGGCCAUCAUGUCGGACCAUGGAUUUGCAGAGCUUGUUGGUCAGCACCACCAUGAUCAAGAUAGUGACCAUUUCACGCAGUAUGCACAUCAAGCUGCUCUUAAUGCUGACUCCCUUUUGGACCAUUACAGCAAAAUGGACAUUGAGUCCACACCUGGCAGUGUUCGUAACAGUGGCAUUAUCUGCACAAUUGGCCCAGCAUCUAAAGAUCCAGCCAUCCUAGAAAACAUGAUCAAAGCUGGAAUGAACAUCGCUCGACUUAACUUUUCACAUGGAACUCAUGAGUAUCAUGACAGUGUUAUAAACAACAUCAAAGAAGCAAGGUCUAGAUUUGCCUUUUCAAGGAAUGUGGGAAUUGCAUUGGAUACCAAAGGACCAGAGAUCAGAACUGGCCUUUUAAAGGGAGGUGGCUCUGCAGAAGUUGAGCUGAAAGCUGGAAACAAGAUCCGCCUGUCGUUCAAUGAUGCGCACGCCGAGAGUGGAACGGAGGAAUGCAUCUUUGUUGAUUACAAGAACAUGCCAAAGAUCUUGGAUACUGGUUCAGUGGUGUACAUUGAUGAUGGCCUUUUAUCGCUUCAAGUUGAUAAUAUAGAUGAUGAUCUGAAAUUCAUAGACUGUACCAUUAUCAAUGGGGGAAGUCUUGGAAGCCGCAAAGGUGUGAACCUACCUGGAGCUAAUGUUGAUCUUCCAGCUUUGUCUGAAAAGGAUAAAGCUGAUAUAACUUUUGGAGUCAAGCAUGGAGUCGAUAUGGUGUUUGCAUCAUUUAUUCGAAAGAAGGAAGACGUAGUUGCCGUUCGUAACUGCCUCGGAGAAGCUGGGAAGAACAUACUUAUUAUAAGCAAGAUUGAAAACCAAGAAGGAUUACAAAAUUUUGAUGAAAUACUGGAAGUGACUGAUGGCAUAAUGGUUGCUAGGGGAGAUCUUGGAAUUGAAAUCAAACCUGAGUUGGUGUUCUUAGCUCAAAAGAAGAUGAUCAGUCUGUGUAACAGAGUUGGAAAACCAGUCAUUUGUGCAACUCAGAUGUUGGAAAGCAUGGUUAAAAAUCCACGCCCCACCAGAGCCGAGACCAGUGAUGUUGCUAAUGCUGUUUUGGAUGGAUGUGACUGCGUCAUGUUGUCAGGGGAAACAGCAAAAGGGAAAUAUCCUUUGGAAGCAGUCAAGAUGAUGCACUCGGUUGCUCGCGAGGCAGAAGCGGCAAUGUUCCAUAAGCAGACGUACGAGGAGCGCAUCCAUGAAGUUGCUGUUCCCACCGAUCCGGCCGAAACCAUUGCGCUGGCAGCAGUCGGAGCAUCUUUCAAAUGCCAGGCCGGUGCCAUCAUUGUUCUCACUGAGACUGGAAGGUCUGCUCAUCUCAUCUCUCGCUACCGACCAGUUGCUCCAGUUUUGACUGUGUGUCGUGAUCAGAAGGUUUUGCGGCAGACCCACUUGUGGCGCGGAUGUUUUCCAGUCUUUUAUUCGAAGCCUGAAGGAGACAAAAAUUGGCAGGAUGACCUGGAGGACCACUUCACGUAUGCAAUCCAGGUUGCUAAGAAACGUGGCUUUAUAUCGGAUGGUUCAACCGUUAUCUGCAUAUCGGGUUGGCGCAAAGGUCAAGGAUUUACCAACACCAUCAGAAUAAUCCAAAUCUAAGUCAAAGCUGAAAAUUAAGGAUGAAAAAAACUUGUCUUGCCCAGGUUGUCGGAUCAAAAACCUGAAAAUCUAGGGUAUUUUUUUUUGGUGAAAAUAUAUUUGUUAUCAAGGAGCUCAAAAUACUAAUAUUUAAGCAGGGCUGGUAGAACGUUUUUCAAAGUGGGGGGUCCCCCACUCUUUUCUUGCAUUUCUUUCCGAUCAUACAAAAAUCUGCAUAGACAUUAUGCAUUUUGUCCCAAAAAGUGGGGGGCCCGUUCCCCCAGCCAUGUUAACAGGCUUAUUUCAGGUCCAUGACCAAGGAGUGGGUGGGCAGGAUCGGAGCCCCAAUGGAACCACAUUUCCAGACAUCUAUAUACAAAAAAUUCUUGUGUAGGACCACCUCCUUCCCUAGUACACAGGUCAGUUUCAUUCAGUUUUCAAAUUGAUGCCGCCGUAAUACUAACAGAUGUACAGUAUGUUUACUAACUAUGUACUGUAUGAGCAAGAAUUUCAUAAUCAGUAUAUUUUAUACACAUACAAAAACUGAAAUAAAUAUAUAAUGAUUUAAUAUAGAAAAAUAUAUCAUGUAAAAUUUGCAAUUUAUUAUUACUGAAAUGUUAGAGCACUUUCUUGAGGUUUACUGAUCUUUGGUAUACUUAUUAUGUAUUACAUUUGUAUCAUUCCUCAUUUGGACCAUGCUACUAUCAUUGAAAGCGACAGUUGGUGAACUAGCUAAUAAUUGGCUGAAGGGUUAGCUUUCUGCCUAAAAAUUAGAUACCAGGUUUUCCAUUAAUUAACAAUCUGUAAGUCAAAUUUUAUCUAAUUCAAACAAUAUUUCAAUGGCAUUUUGGAUUCAACUUAGGCAAGAUCAACUGUAAUACUGUAGUUAAUGUAUAAAAAAAAUGAAUACAUGAAUACAAAUUAAUACAUAUCCAUUUACUGUACCUUUAGAUGCAUUGCAUGACAAGGGCGAUAUAGUGCAGAAAAACAUUUGUUCAGAAGUAUCUAGUCUUUCAUUAUUAGGCUUUGAGUGUUACAGGAUACAGUCAAGCUAUCAGCGAGACCAAUUUUGAGCUGUGGACGGCACCAGAUUUUUCCCAACAAGAGGCCCUAGUUUCCUGACAGUGGGGUCUAAUAUCACCGAUGAGAGUUUCCACUCCAGUUAUUCCAUUGUUUGAGCAAAUUUUAAAAACGGGCACCUGUAGAUGCCCAGUAAUGGCACUCAGAGAGUGUAAAGAUGCAUUUUCAAAGCAGUGUUCGAUGAUUGAUUGGCUUCUUCCCCAAUGGGGCGGGGGAUGUGGAGUGUUCCCCUGAAUUUCCGCUGGCACCUCCACUGGGUUAGACCCUUGAGCUAUUCUGUUUUGGCAUGUUAUGAAUGUAUGUAUAGUGUAAAGGUAUUAAAGGUAUUGUAAAUCGAAUUUAACUUGUGAAUCUUAACAUUCCAUUUUUAUAUAAAUCAAUCAAUCAUUCAAUCAAGUCAGAAUUUAUUUAAAUAAUGUUAAAUGAUUGUUAUAAUUAGACAGAUAUGUAAACAACUCAUUUAUAGGCACAAUGAUAGCUACAAAUUCACCAGCACCAUAAUUUUCUAUAUUGUUUUUUAUUAAACUCUGCUCUCUAUAGAUGCCUGCAAUACAAUCGAUGCAAUAGCCUAUUUAAAAUGUGUUAGAGUAACCCUGCGCCUAUCUUGAUAUUCGAUGCAGCUGUCACUAUUUUCAAAUUUAUCCUUGUGAAUGUAAAUAAUUUAUAAUUGAUUUAAUUUUUAUAAUCAUGACAUUUUAAAAAUUGACUUCCAUAUACAGUAUUGAGGUUUUAGUCUUACUAACCUGAAAAAGGGACAGUACCUCAUGGUGCAUUACUUACGUUCAUAAUUAAUCUUAAGGUAUUAGGCAUUAUUAUAUUAAAAUAUAAAAUUGAAAUACAUAGUGACAAGAUAGACAAUGAAGCAAAAUUUGUCAGAAUGUUUUCUUUUUGUGUUUUUUAAUUCUUAAAUAUUCGAAACGAGUUUGUUUCGUUUGGGGAUCUUUCUCAGUUAAUUUACUCAUGAUUACCUCAUCCCCAAGCAAAGUAGAGCUGAGGGAGGCACAGAGUUUCAAGGCAACAGUACUUUAAGUAUGCUGCAGCGAUAUUUGAAGUGACUAAGAUGGACCUCUUUAUUAGUCUGUAAAUGAUUACCUAUUGUGCUAACAAUACAUUAUUUAUCUGUGUUAGCUGACCGAACAGUGGUUGAUAUAUUUUAAAUUUCAAUUUAUAGAAUAUUUAAAAUAUUUCAGUAUUUUAAAUGUCAAAUUGUCAAAGUGUGCGAGUUUAACAUAACAAGUAUUUUACUGUAUAUCAAACUAAUUCUGACUUUUGUCUCCAAAUUUUAAAAAUUUCAUUUUAUAUGUCUAUCUUUUUGUGGAAGUUAGGUCCUCACUCGAUAACGAUUUACCAACAUGGUUGGGGCUGAGGUGAGAAAAUUUGAAGAAAUAGUACCUAUAGAUGAACCAGGAACCAAUAUUUUUUAACUCAUUAUUAAACGUAUUGAACAAAACAUUGAAGUCUUCAUUUGAAUAAAAAAAAACGUUGUAUCAUCGGCGAAGGAUACCAACUGGAGUGUGUCACUAAUUCUACUCAAGUCGUUGACAUAUAUUAAGUAACGGCCCCAAGACCGACCCUUGUGGCACCCCACAAGUUAUAUCCCUCGUCGAUGAUUUACAUGAUCCAACAGAAACAAAUUGUUUACGAUUUUUCAAAUAACGUAUAAACCAUUUUAAAGCAAUACCUCCGAUACCAUAUCUGAAAAGUUUGGAAAUUAAAAUUUCGUGGUUAAAAACAUCAAAAGCUUUUGAUAGAUCUAAGAAUAAACUUAAUUGAAAUCGUUUAUUUUCAAAUGAUUUAAUAAUGUUAUUAACGAGUUCAAAUAUUGCAUCACAAGUUGAGUGAUUCUGACGAAACCCAUAUUGAUGGUCAUUUAAGAUGUUAAAUUGAUUAAAAUAGUUAAAUAGUCUUUUAUGCAUAA